ACCACAACCCUGCAUCAUGGAUGAGUUCAAGGUUCGAACUGUCGACCUGCAACAGGUGCAAAACCAGAUCCGACACAAGACUGAUGGUCUGAGCUCCAGCACUCUGGUUCUGCGGAGAGGACAAGAGUUCACAAUACUAAUGAGCUAUGAAGGGCGGCCAUUCGAUCCAAUGAAGGAAAAUCUGAUCUUCCGAAUUGUUCUAGGUCCACUGUCUGUGGAGGUCCCGGUCACCAGACUCGGACAGCCCUCUCUGAAUCAAUGGAGCGCUGUUCUGGAGAGGAGCUUCCCGAACCCGACCAGACCCCGUGCUCUUUCAGUAUCACUGUUCAGCCCUGCGUCUGCUUCUGUCGGUGUCUACACACUCCAGCUGAGAGUCGAGACCCGUGUGACUGUGAAAACACAUCUGCUCGGCCAGUUCACACUCCUCUGCAACCCCUGGAGCCAAGCUGAUUCAGUGUUCCUGCAGUCUGAGGAUUUAAGGACUGAAUAUGUCAUGAGUGAUAUUGGCCUGCUGUUUAAAGGCAGCUCCGGGAACAUCGUCUCCAGACCCUGGUCAUUUGAUCAGUAUGACGAAGGGAUACUGGACAUCUGUAUGAAAUUACUGCAGUUGAGUCCUCAACAUCAAGCAGAUAUGGGUAAAGAUCUACUGAAUCGCAACAGUCCAGUGUACAUCGGCCGUGUGAUCUCAGCGAUGGUGAACUCUAAUGAUGAUAAAGGGGUAUUAAUGGGAAACUGGUCAGGUGACUUCAAAGAUGGUGUCAACCCUUCAAAGUGGUCUGGCAGUGCAGAUAUUCUCAGGAUGUGGGCAGAAACACAAUUCAGUCCUGUGAAAUACGGACAGUGCUGGGUGUUUGCUGCUGUCAUGUGUACAGUAAUGAGAGCCCUUGGCAUUCCGACUCGAGUCGUCACCAACUUCAACUCCGCUCACGACACAAAUGGAAACAUGGUGAUUGAGGAAUAUUACAGUGAGAUGGGGGAAAAACUGCCCAUCGGAAGAGAUAGCAUCUGGAACUUCCAUGUGUGGGUGGAGAGUUGGAUGAAGAGGCCUGAUCUGGGUCGAGGUUAUGACGGAUGGCAGGUUCUCGACCCCACGCCACAAGAGAGGAGCGCAGAAAUGUUCCGCUGUGGCCCUGCUGCUGUUACAGCCAUUUAUCAAAGGCAGGUGGAUGCGCAGUAUGAUGUGCCGUUCGUUUAUGCUGCAGUGAAUGGGAAUGUGCACACAGUAAUUGUCAGAAAUGGGAAAGUAUUAUCAACCAGCAUUGAUAAAAGCAGAGUUGGAGCUCUGAUCUGCACCAAACAUCCAGGAUCCAUGCGUAUGCAGAACAUCACGUCUGAAUACAAAAAUGAGAUGGUUUUGAAAAAAAAACAUACGUUUUUUUUCCCCAUGUCCUAUCAUGCAGCACCUCAGGGCCUUGCAGUUUCUCUCCAGCUUCUGAAAGCCCCCAUAAUUGGUGAAAACAUUUCUUUCAACAUCAUAAUCACUAACAAAGUUGCUUCUCCGAAACUUCUGAGAAAACAUUUGAACGCUCAGAACAAGGAGUACAACCGCAAUCCCGCUGGAGCCUUCUGGGAGGCUCAUGGCGACAUGAAGAUUGGCCCGAAAGAAACUGUGACUAUGAAACAUGAGAUCUCCUUCAAGGAGUACAUGCGGAAGGAGGCUAUGGAGGAUUCUCUGGUUAACCUGGCUGUGGUUAUUGAGGAUGUGAAGUCCCAAGAGAGAGUGCUGGCUUCAGAAGAGUUCAACAUCCGCAGCCCUGCCCUCAAUAUACAGGUUCAGAAUGAGUAUGUGGUCAUCAACGCGCAGCAAGAGGCCACAGUGACCUUCACCAACCCAUUCAGCACUGCAGUGAGCGGUGAACUGAUUGUAGCCUGUUCAGGACUUCAGGAGAAGGUUCAAAAAAGGCUUAUGAUCCAGCCUCGAGAAACCACGAGGAUGCCCAUUAAUUUCACUCCCAGGAUGGCGGGUGCCAGGAUGCUUUACGCUAGUUUAGUGUUGAUGAAUCCCCCCACCGUCCUGCACGGAUUCAAGGCCAUCAAUGUUCAAGAAUCUUAGAGUCAAACACCUUUAGAAAGAACUGUGAACCCUCAACAUGAAAUACUUUUAAUGCUCCUCUAAUACAUUAUGUGAAUUCUUCUAAAAUACGUAUGUGUCCAACACUUU